AUGACGGAUACUCACAGUCAAGAGGACGAUUCACCUAAGGAGCAUCCAUUUUUGUAUUAUGGCAAAGCUGCAGAGAAAAUAAUACCUGUUACAGCUGCUUCUUCCAACCCUUCGACAGCUUUGAACUUAUUGUGUUAUCAAACCAAACAUUCCUCGACGUUAUACGGUGAUAAUAUGCAUCAGCAAUCGAUCAUUGAACCACUUUGGGAAGAUAAGCUGAGUGAUAUUGAAGACCAUCGUGCCACAGUACCUAUAUCGACUCCACCUCCAGCAGACAGUUGGUACGCGAUCUUUUUCAAAACACCCCUUGUUCCUGUAUCACGCGGUAAACAAUGGCAUGUUGUUUUUUCAUAUACAAUGGCAUUUUUAAUGGUUGCCAUUAUGUCGGGAGAGUUCAUGAUGAACCACGAGUUGUCUGGUGAGUUUUUCGAGUUUGACCCUUUUAAUUUCAUGAUUGGUCCAUCGGCACAAACUUUGAUCCAGUCAGGCGCACGAUAUCCACCAUGCAUGCGUAAUACAACAGCAAUGCCACCAGAGGAACAAUACAUUUGCUUUUCUCAACCAUAUGAAGCUAAUGGUCAUGCAGGAAUCAAAGAUAAUAACAAUCAGCCCGAUUUACCUGACUUUAACAAUCCGCGGCAAUCCCUUUGUUCACUGCAACAUGUGUGCGGCAUGGGAGGCUUCUUAAGACCGUCAGUGCCUGAUCAGACUUUUCGCUUCAUCACACCGCUCUUUGUCCAUGCUGGCCUUGUCCCAUUGCUAUGUAAUAUCGCAGGACUCCUCACUAUCGGCCGUAGCCUCGAACGUGUUACCAACGCUGUACGCAUGUUGAUUAUAUAUUUUGUUGCUGGUACCUUUGGCCAUAUCUUCGGGGGAAAUUUUGUACCCAUCACCAAACUGGCAGCUGGGAGUAGUCCAGCAGUUCUUGGGUUGGCAGGAUGUUUGCUCGUCGAUUUUGCAUUGACUUGGCGUUUUAUUACUAAGCCAAAGCGUCACUUUGUCAAAUUAUUGCUUGUUACUGGAUUAUGUUUCACCAUGGGAUUAAUGCCAGGGGUAGAUAAUGUAUCGCAUGUAGGAGGAUUCUUGGCUGGACUUCUGAUUGGGGCCAUCUGCAUCCCACCUGCUCAUGGAAUUACCAGGCGAGGUACCUUAUAUCUAUGGAUGGUGCGUUUUGCUGCUCUCAGUAUUCUGAUAACAAUGCACGUCGUUCUCAGUAACCGCUUUUUCGACCGAGACUACCAUUAUUGUCCCUUGUGUCGGUACAUUUCAUGCAUGCCACUUAAUGGCUCCUGUCGAUUGGAUAAGACAUAA